CUCCUCAUUCUCCUCCACUCCCCGUACGUUCUGAAACUUCUUUUUCCCCCAAUCAAACACGGAAAUGGGUAGCCUUGAUAUGAGCUCCGUGGAAUCUUCCUCACCCCAACGUGAAUUCAAGCCAUUAGACCCCGAAGAAUUCCGAAAACAAGCCCACCAGAUGGUCGACUUCAUCGCCGACUACUACAAACAAAUCGAAACCUACCCAGUUCUCAGCCAAGUCCAACCGGACUACCUCCGCAACAGCCUCCCCGGAACCGCACCGUACCAUCCCGAACCGCUAGAAACCAUUCUCACAGACGUAACCAAUAAUAUAAUCCCCGGUAUGACUCAUUGGCUAAGCCCAAACUUCUUUGCCUUCUUUCCGGCCACCGUUAGCACCGCAGCUUUCGUGGGAGAAAUGCUGUGCACUUCGUUUAACGCCGUCGGGUUCAACUGGCUAGCCUCCCCGGCGGCCACCGAGCUCGAAAUGAUUGUCAUGGACUGGUUAGCCAACAUGCUUAAGCUCCCAAAGUCCUUUAUGUUCUCUGGCACCGGCGGCGGAGUCAUUCAAAACACCACAAGUGAAGCGAUUCUAGUCACGCUCGUCGCCGCCAGGGACCGCGUGCUACGCGCAAAAGGGACCGAUGCAAUACAAAAGCUCGUUGUGUAUUGCUCUGACCAGACACAUUCCACUUUCACUAAGGCUGCCAAACUGGCCGGCAUCAGUCCGUUCAACGUAAAGGCUAUCCCAACAGAGCUUGGUACAGAUUUUGCUUUAUCGCCUGUGCUCCUACGUACGUUCGUGGAGGCUGACAUGGCAGCAGGGUUGGUCCCACUUUACGUUUGUGCCACCGUGGGGACAACUUCAACCACUGCCGUUGAUCCUCUGGAGCCGCUCGCCGACGUGGCAAGCGAGUACGGGAUGUGGAUGCAUGUGGAUGCUGCUUAUGGCGGUAGCGCAUGCAUUUGUCCCGAGUUUAGGCACUACUUGGAUGGGAUCGACCGAGUCGACUCGCUGAGUCUUAGCCCGCACAAGUGGCUGCUCUGCUACUUGGAUUGCUGUUGCUUGUGGGUAAAGAACCCGAGCUUACUGGUGAAAGCUUUGACCACCGACCCGGAGUAUUUGAGAAACAAAGCGAGCGAGUCCGACUCGGUGGUGGAUUUCAAGGAUUGGCAAGUGGGUACGGGUCGAAAAUUCAAGUCGCUCCGGCUUUGGUUCGUGCUACGCAGCUACGGCGUGGCGAAUCUCCAGAGCCACAUCCGGUCCGACGUUCGGAUGGCCAAGAUGUUCGAGGGGUUCGUCCAAUCAGACCCGAGGUUCGAAAUCGUGGUGCCGCGGUGGUUCGCGCUGGUAUGCUUCAGGUUAAACCCGUUCUCUUGGGCCGGCUCGGGCUACACAGAGGUGUUGAACCGGAAGCUGCUCGAGUGGGUCAACUCAACCGGUCGACUUUACAUGACCCACACAAUAGUCGGUGGGGUAUACCUUCUGCGGUUCGCAGUGGGGGCCACACUUACAGAAGAGCACCACGUGGUUGCCGCGUGGAAAUUGAUCACAGAAGGAGCUGAUGCAGUCCUUAAGGGCGCAUGCAAUUGAUAAGCCUUUUUUUUUUUUUUUUUUGAAGGGAAUUGAUAAGCCUUUUUGUUUUUGUCACUUUUUUUUUUUUCUUUCUUUUUUUUUUGUUUGUUUGUAUAUUUCAAUAUUGAAGCUGGAAAUUACUGAAAACUAGUCCGGCAAGCAAUUUGUGAAGGAAGCUGCUCUCUUAAUUUGUAACAGUCGAUCCUAUAUAUAUAUAUAUGUAUAAGAUCCUUGAAAUAAAUAAAAAAGUUCAUAAAUUCUUCCAACAA